AUGGUCAUGGCUACCCCUAGUGUCCUCGCUUUUGACGCUGAGGGUCGAGCCAUUGACUUUGACGUCUGGGUAGAUGACCUGCAGCUGUUUUUACAGUGUGAUAGGGCAGAUGGUCUCUCACUCUUUGACCUCACCUCUGGCGCUUCUCCUGCCCCUGCUGCUAAUGCCGACGCCACUGUUUGCUCCCAGUGGGCCACGCGCGACGCUGCUGCACGUCUUGCUGUGCGUCGCCACCUCCCUACCUCCGAGCUCACUCGCCUCCCUGACUCCCUUCGCGUAGUCAGGGACCACUUCCUCUCAGUCUGUCCCACCACUCUCACUGUUGACCUCCUCGAGAAGUCCCUCCUAGUGGCUGAGAAGAGCAUAGUCGCUGUAGGGGCCUCUCGUGGUGACCCGCGCACCCCCAUCUUUGAGGGGUGUUCCCCCUCCCCCCUUCUGCCCUCUGUUGCCUCUGCUGCUGCGGCCGACCUCCUUGGUCUUGAGUCGGUCGGUGCGGCGUCUGCCCCUAGCGGGAGACGCCGCUCUGGCAAGGGCAAGGGGGGCAGGGGCACUGGAGGGGCGAGCGGGGGCGGUGGAGGUGGAGGUGGAGGCGGCGGGGGGAGUGGGGGUGGCGGUGGGAGUGGUGGUGGGGGUGGAGGUGUCGGUGGCGGCAGUAGAGGCGGAGGCGACGGCGGCGGUGGCGGUGGGAGCGGAGGUGGCGGAGGUGGCGGCGGAGGAGGAGGCGGCGAAGGCGGCGGUAGAAGCGGAGGCGGCGGAGGCGGCGGAGGCGGCGGGGGUGGCGGUGGAGCUGGUCGCGGGUCUACGCAGAGGAGUGGCUCCGGUGGUGGUCCGCGCCAGCAGCAGCAGCGCGGUCGUGAGACCCUGUCCCCUCAGCAGCUCUGUGAGUGGUACACUGCACGCCAGCGGGGUGGGGGUUUUUGUCCGUGCACCUACGUCCUGCGCACCGGCGACCGUGCGGGUGAGCAGUGUGGGGAUGCGCACCCCACCCAGCGCUGCUUUGGCCGCCUGACGGACGCGUGGCGUCACCAGUUCCCGGAGGCCACAGAGAUCCCUCGCUGGGGCGAGCUGUCUAGGGCGGGUGUUGCCAUCUAUGAUCUUGAUUUUGAUGCUAUUCUUUCUGCCAUGUAUGCUGUGUCUCAGGACCCCCAGAACCAGCACCCCCAGAGUCAGCACCCCUAG